CAAGGAUCUUCUGUGUCUCAAGACAACAAUUUGCAUCCGAAUCUGUGUCUGGAAAACUCAAACGCAGGCAGAUAAUGGGAGCAGACGAAGUUGGAGGAGUUUCAGAAGAUCACCAUCAUCGUGAGUCUGAUAUAGAACUCAUUGGUGGUGAAAGAGCAACUCUGAGUGGACCUUUGAACAAAAGGGUUGGCAAAAGAAGUGUAAAGUUGAAAGCUUCUGAGUCCAAUUCCAGCUUAGAUCUUAACCAUAGCAAUCGUAACAAGUCCCAGGAACAAGAUGGAGAAGACUUUGUUGAAGUCACAAUGGAUAUUCAAGGUGAAACUGUUGCUUUACAUAGCGUUAAAGCUGUUGCAGGAAAUAAUCUUGGGGAAGAUGAGAAACUGGUUUUGCUUGGUAAAGGCAUGGAGAAGAAAAGGUCCUUUGGUGCCACGGUUGUGAGAAAUGCUUCCAUUCGCAUGAAACAGGUUUCUCAGGAGCUGAAGCGUUUCGCUUCCUUUUCAAAACAAGCAGCACCUGCAAGAGUGCACUAUGAUAGGACAAAGUCUGCAGCGUGUCAUGCUCUGAAGGGACUCAAGUUUAUCACCAAAACUGAUGGUGGUGCAGGAUGGGUUGAGGUUGAGAAACAAUUUGAAGUUCUUACUGCUUCCACUGAUGGCUAUCUUCAUCGUUCUCUCUUUGGAAAAUGCAUUGGGAUGAACAAGGAAUCUGAGGCCUUUGCAGUGGAGCUUUUUGAUGCUCUUGCUCGGAAGAGGGAUAUUCAUGGGGAUUCUAUUAAUAAGGUCCAAUUGAAGGACUUUUGGGACCAGAUUUCUGACCAGAGUUUUGAUUCUAGGCUCAGAACAUUCUUUGACAUGGUUGAUAAAGAUGCGGAUGGUAGAAUCACUGAGGAUGAAAUUAAAGAGAUUAUCUGCCUUAGCGCCACUACCAACAAACUCUCAAACAUACAGAAGCAAGCAGAGGAAUAUGCGGCUUUGAUCAUGGAAGAACUAGACCCUCAUGACACAGGAUUUAUCAAGGUAGAUGACCUGGAGAUGCUCUUGUUGCACGGACCAAGCCAUUCUACAAGAGGAGAUAGUAAGUACCUUAGCGAAAUGCUAAGCAUAAAGCUUAAGCCUACAUAUGAAGACAAUCCUAUUAGGAGGUGGUAUAGAGAUACCAUGUACUUCCUGCAGGACAAUUGGCAGAGAACUUGGAUAUUGGUACUGUGGAUUUGUGUGAUGUUAGGCCUAUUUGCUUAUAAAUUCGUGCAGUAUAGGAGAAGAGCUGCAUAUGAGGUGAUGGGCCAUUGUGUAUGCAUGGCCAAAGGUGCAGCUGAGACACUUAAAUUGAACAUGGCUAUUAUCUUGUUACCGGUUUGCCGAAACACCAUUACCUGGAUCAGGAACAAGACCAAACUAGGCAUUAUGGUUCCUUUUGAUGACAACCUCAACUUCCACAAGGUGAUAGCUGUGGCAAUAGCAAUUGGAGUUGGGAUACAUGCUAUUUAUCAUCUUACUUGUGACUUUCCUCGCCUUCUACAUGCAAAUAGUGAAAAGUACAAGCUCAUGAAACCUUAUUUUGGAGAUCAACCAUCAAAUUAUUGGUUUUUUGUCAAAUCAUGGGAAGGAGUAACAGGGAUUAUAAUGGUUGUUCUAAUGGCAAUAGCCUUCACUCUGGCCACCCCUUGGUUUAGAAGAGGCCGUGUCAAGCUACCCAAACCCCUCAACAAUCUCACUGGUUUCAACGCCUUUUGGUACUCCCAUCAUCUUUUUGUCAUUGUCUAUGCCCUGUUGAUUGUGCAUGGAAUCAAACUUUACUUGAGCAAGGAAUGGUACAAGAAAACGACCUGGAUGUAUUUGGCUAUUCCCAUCACCAUUUAUGCACUGGAAAGAAUAACUAGAGCACUCAGAUCAAGCAUCAAGCCUGUGAAGAUAUUAAAGGUGGCUGUUUAUCCUGGAAAUGUUUUGGCUCUUCAUAUGUCAAAACCUCAAGGGUUUAGAUACAAGAGUGGACAAUACAUGUUUAUCAAUUGUGCUGCUGUGUCUCCAUUUGAAUGGCAUCCAUUUUCUAUAACCUCGGCUCCUGGUGAUGACUAUCUUAGCGUUCACAUCAGAACACUAGGUGAUUGGACCCGAAGUCUCAGAGUCAAGUUCUCAGAGGGGUGCCAGCCACCCAACAAUGGGAAAAGUGGACUUCUAAGAGCGGAGUAUAUGCAAGGAGAUAGCAGCCCAAGUGCUCUCCCUAGAGUUCUAAUUGAUGGUCCAUAUGGAGCACCUGCACAAGACUACAAGCAAUAUGAGGUGGUUUUGCUGGUUGGGCUAGGAAUUGGGGCUACCCCAAUGAUCAGUAUAUUGAAGGAUAUAGUGAAUAAUUUUAAGGCCAUGGAAAAGGAGGAAGGAACCACCACCAUGGAGGAAGGAGCAAGUGGGUUUGGUGGUAAAUCACCAAGACCAUCUCAACACAAGUUGAGCAACUUUAAGACUAGAAGGGCCUACUUCUAUUGGGUGACUAGAGAGCAAGGUUCCUUUGACUGGUUUAAAGGGGUUAUGAAUGAGGUAGCUGAAGAGGACCAUAGGGGAGUAAUUGAGCUACACAAUUACUGCACCAGUGUCUAUGAAGAGGGUGAUGCUCGCUCUGCUCUUAUUGCUAUGUUGCAAUCUCUAAACCAUGCUAAGAAUGGCGUGGAUAUUGUCUCUGGCACGCGCGUCAAGUCUCACUUUGCCAAACCCAAUUGGCGUAGUGUUUACAAGCGCAUUGCGCUUAAUCAUCCACAAGCCCGCGUUGGGGUAUUUUACUGUGGGCCACCAGCGCUUACCCAAGAGCUUGGUCAGUUAGCUUCGGACUUCUCUCACAAUACAACCACCAAAUAUGACUUCCACAAGGAGAAUUUCUAAUAAGAUGGAGGUUAUUAAAAAGGAAAGAAGAAGCUAUGGGAACAAGAUGGUCUUCCACCUUUAUCCCUUCAUGAAGAUUAUAUACCAUAUCCUCGUUAAUAAUAAUAAUAUAUUCAUGCUUUAUAACGUGUAUAAUAAUAUUACAGCUUUCUAUUAGGACGAAGGUUGAUAUAUAUAGGUUAUAAAGGUAAGGUUUUGUUUGGCCAUCGAAUACCAAAGGUGUGAUUGGAUGGUAAUGGCAUCAAUGCUUCAGCGUGUAGUGAAUCACGGGAUAGCAUGCCCUCUGAUUUGGAUUCACAAAAUGUAGCAAUGGAGGGGAAAUAAUUUGUCCAACCAGAAUGUACUCAGUUUCUGAUUUGGAUUAUUAUACUUGCAAAUGAAAAAGUGGUUACACAUUCCACAUAAGAAUUUGAUAUUUUAAAAAAAUGUGAGAAAGAGGAAGAGAGAAAUGAAUGAUGAAUAUGUUUUCUGUUAGAAAUACCUGAGGGUAAUGUUAUUUGCAAAUGUUAUUCUUGUAUUUUAAG